AUUGUAAAAUAAUUAUAAUUUUAAAUAUAAUKUAAUCCCGCACUGAUAACAAUAUGAUGAUAACACGAUAAAAAGAUGCUGGCGCGACGCGCAAACGGCUCGUAUUAAAGAUUACCUAUCUAAUCCUAAUGUGCUAUGUGCAUGAUUGUCCUCUUGAAGUCUUGACUGAGUAAUGGGCAAUGGCUAAUGAGUUCUCUGGUCUACUUGGUCUAGUGGUUAGUGGGUGGCGGCUUCAUAAGUCGAUAAAAGUGAUAAAAAUUACUACCUAUUGUUCUGUGCUAUUAAAUAAGCUCUAAAUUAUAUUAAAUUACUUAUCAAGGCUCUAAUUAUUAUGAUAUUUUCGAAAUUUCGAUAGGAUUAAGGAUAUCGCCUCACUGUACUCUGCCUCUUUUACAUUUUAUAGUUUUUAUAAAACUGUCUACAAUAAUAUUACAAUCAAGUUGAACAAUUAACGAAUGAUAAAUUAAAUUAUUUCCAUUUCAUAACCAGUGAUUAAAUAAGCAAGCAAUUAUUACGUUAUAAGAAGKUUUUUUUAGUUAUUUUUUAUUUGUUUAAGCUAAUAGUUUUGCCUAUACUAUUUCAUUAAACUUGUGCACAAUUUGACUUUACUUCUAUUAAUCCAAUGCAUUAAAUGAUUAUGUAAUGCUGUUAACACAAUAUCAACUAAGUAUAUCAUCGUGAAAUAAAAUUAUAUAUUGUGUAUAUAUAUAAUUAUAUUAAUGUAUAAGUGAKAGUUAAAUAUCCAUGAUUGAUUGAAUUAACUCAAACUAUCUUUAAUAAAAUUGUAUUUGUAUUUGCAUUUUAUUCAAUKACAUUUUUAAUUAUGGAUCUAAAAGAAACAACUAUUAAAGUGGGAAUAUUAACAAUUAGUGACACUAGAACACCAUCAGAAUCUAACAUUGAUUCGUUUGACUCCAGUGGCCAAAAUUUAAUUAAAUUGAUCAAUGAUUCAAAUGUGAUUAAAUCGGCUAAAGUAGUUCAGUAUGAUUGUGUCACUGAUGAUUUUGAUUUAAUUCAGGCAAAAAUGACAGAAUGGUGUUCUGAAAGAAAAGUGGAUGUUUUKCUGAGUACAGGUGGUACAGGUUUAAGUCCAAGAGAUGUAACUCCUGAAGCAACUCUUGGACUUGUUCAAAAACUAACACCUGGUAUAAGUCAAGCAAUAAUUAAUGAGAGUUUAAAACUCACUCCGAUGGCAAUGCUUUCACGAGCAGUGUCUGGAAUAUAUGAAAAAACUCUGAUUAUUAAUUUACCGGGAAGCAGUAAAGCAAGUGAAGAGUGUUUAUAUGUUGUUGCUAGUACCAUACCACAUGCUGUUUCAUUAAUUAAAGAUGAAAAAGAAAUUUCCAAUCAAUUUCAUAAACAAUUAAAUUUCACGAGUCAUAAUGAAUCAAGAAUUCCCGAAUAUGUGACAAAAAUAGCAUGUCGACCCAGAGAAUCGCCAUUUCCAAAGAUUUCCAUGAAAUCAGCUUUAAGUAUUUUAAAAGAACAUGCUGUCUUACAAUAUACUGAAAACAAUAAAAUUAGGUACCCUACUGUUUGGAUUUUUUCCACUGGUGAUGAACUUGAAAGCAUUAAAGAUUCACAUAGUAGUUAUAUUAGAGACACUAAUUCUCUUAUGAUAAAACAAAUAUUAGAACAAGACAACUAUAAGGGACAGAUAUUUAAUUAUGGAAUUAUAAGAGACAAUUGGAAUGAUCUUUGCAAACAUUUUGAAGAAGCAUUUAAUAAUGCGGAUAUAUUAGUAACCAGUGGAGGUGUAUCAAUGGGCGAAAAGGAUUUGAUUAAACAUGUGCUCAAAAAUCACUUUAAAAGUAAAAUUCAUUUUGGAAGAGUCAAUAUGAAACCUGGAAUGCCAACUACCUUUGUGACACUUAUUUUUAAAGACAAAAAAAAAUAUAUAUUUUGUUUGCCUGGAAAUCCUGUGUCUGCUGGUGUAUGUACUCAUUUAUUCUUAUUGCCAUAUUUGAGAGCAGUUUCUGGAAAAAAAUUAAUUAUCCAUUCUUUAAAAGCAAAGCUAACACAUACUAUCAAUGGAUUGGAUAUUAGACCUGAAUAUCGAAGAGCGUUGCUUAAGUAUGAAAAUGGGGAGUUAUAUGUGUCCUGUUUAAACAACUAUCAACAAAGUAGCAGACUUUUGAGUUUUAUCGGUUCUAACUGUUUACUCCAAUUGCCUUCAUCAUCAAAAAAAACAAAUGUUGAAUCAAGUACAAUUAUGGAUGUUAUACUAAUUAAAAGUAUAGAAAAUACAUAUAUUGCACCUAUAUUAAAAGAAAUGAACUUAUGUAUUGAGAUAAUCAAAAAACAAGCAAUUUUAGGCAAUACAAAAAAUGAAAAACCACUUCUCUAUUCAUGUAUAGAAGAUGUACUGCAUUUGAUGACAGAAAAUAUAUUUGAAGCURRAACUGAAAUUAUACCUACUGAUUUCGCUAUGGGUUAUGUUUCAUACUCACCCAUUAAUUCUUCUGAAAAUUUGCCACAGUUUCAAGCUUCUAUAAAAGAUGGGUAUGCUAUUAAGUACAAGAAAAAUUGGUUUCAAAAGUCUAAUGUAUUUAAUGUUGUGCAAGUAUCUGUAGCUGGUACUUCUCCGGGUUGUCAAAAAGAGAUAAGGAAAGGAGAAUGUGCACGUAUUAGUACUGGAGCACCUUUACCACCAGGAGCCAAUUGUGUAGUACAAGUUGAAGAUACAUUAGUUAAAAGUAAAUCAUCUGAUGAAAAAGUUGAAAUCACAAUUGCUAUAUUAAAAGAACCUAAGCUCUUUGAAAACAUUAGAAAUAUUGGUUCCGACAUAWCUAUAGGACAACGUCUUCUGGAUGAGAAAACUGUUCUUGGUCCCUUUGAAAUAGCUUUGCUACGUUCUGUGGGUUGCAAAGACGUGGAGGUGUACAAAUAUCCAUCAAUACACAUUGUUGCAUGUAAUGAUAAUUCGGCUUAUGCAAUAUCUCAUAAGUUAAAAAAUAUGCUGAAAGGGUCUGACUUUAAAGGAAACAUAUUUAGCCAAUCUUUAUGUAAAAGCUUAACCAAAUCCCCUGAACAAUUUGAUUUUGUGUUUGAUUAUGAUAAUCCAAUUAUUAUAUUUUGUGGAAACGUUGAUGAAUUUUGUGAUGACAAUGUUGAAUCACAUAUUCACAUUACUAACAAUACACGCAAGAUUUCACUUGAAUUUGGAAGGAUGUUCAUAGGAACUGAUGAGAAAUCAGUAKUAUUUUUGCACAUUAAUACCUCUGACUCUGAGUCCAUCUAUAACUGUGUACAUUUAUUUAUAUUGCCUUUUUUGAGAUCUAUUACAGGCAGAAAAAAAAUUAUUUCUUCAAUAAAAACUAAAUGUAAUAUGUCUUUAGAGUAUUUACCUACAAAUAAAUUUGAAAAAGCCGAACUUUAUUAYGAAGACGGUGAUUUCAAGGUUACUUGUUUCACAUCAAAUCAUCAUAGUUGUCUUGUAGACAUGCCAUCUUUGUCGGAAGAAAUUAAUAUUAAGUCGAAGGGGGGAAAUAUAACCGAAUUAGAUACAAUCGUCACUGAAAAUUCUGAUUGUUAUUUUGUUCAUUACUAAUAUUUAUUUUACUUUAUUGUAAUAGUUUUAAGUGUUUGAUUUAUAAACCUAUUUAUCUAUCAUAUAUUAUGUUGUCAAAUAUAUUCUCAUAUUAUUAUAAUAUAUUAUAUGUACCAAAAAUGUUAAUCAAAUAGCAUGCUAGAUUAUUAGUUUAUGUGUACUUUUAAACUUUAAAUUUAUAAUGUAAAAUUAUGGAUGAGACCAAAUUUAAUAUUGUUAUUUUGUUUUAGUAUGUGUAUACACUAUCGAAAUUCCAGACUAGAUGGUCAAGAUAAAUAAAUUAGAAUAAUUCAAACAUUAUAUAAACCAUGUUCAUAAAUUGAUAAAAAUAAAACGGACCC